AUGAAGCAUGGGGUUGCGUUCCGCAAAUUCUCGAGGCCGACAGCCCACCGCAUGCUCAUGUUGAGGAACCUUGUCACGUCCCUCAUCCACCACGAGCAGAUCAAGACGACCCUCCCCAAGGCCAAGGAUGCGGCAAGGUUGGCGGACAAGCUCAUCACCUUAGGCAAGAAAGGCGACCUCCCGGCAUUCCGUAAGGCCACCGGCUUUCUCCUGGACCAGAACCUCGUCCCCAAGGUCUUCGGUGACCUCGCGAAGCGAUACGCCGACCGCCCCGGAGGGUACACGCGUGUGCACAAAUACGGGAACCGUCCGGGCGACAACGCGCCGCACGCCAUCCUCGAGCUCGUCGACAAUCCGGGCGACAUCCGCUUCCAGCUCACCGCGCGCGCGGUGGGGCUGGACCUUGCCAGCAAGCGGGUAAUGGAGAACGGUAUUGAUGCGACGGCCAGCACCGGGCUGACGAAGGUGGAGAGCAUCCUCGACCGCGAGAAGGAGAUCGAGCACAGCAGCGGGCUGCGCGGGGAACUCCGGCCCAUCACGAGGCGGAACUUGCAGAAGGUGCUGAAGUACAGGGAGCCGGAGGCGACGAGGGAGAUGUCUGCCAUUGCGACGGACCACGCCGACACCCUGCUGGCGCAGCCUACGCUUGUUCAAAAGCUCGCGUCGGAGCGCUUUGGGGGGCGACAGUUUGCCCACUCACAUCUGGACAGGGGUUCCAGGUUUCACCGAUGGGGUGCACGCCCCAAGCUCGGUGUAGACGCCACUACUGUAUGA